AUGAAAGAAUUUCAGUAGGCCAUUUUGUAUAAGUGAUUUGGAGGUGAAAAUUUGAAACUUGGUUGAAUUAAUUAUAAGUGGAUAUUGUAAAAAUAAAAGGAAGUUUUAUUAAUUUUUAAAGAGUUUGUUUCCGAUAUUAUAAAAUGGGCCGCAAGAAGAAGAAGGCCUCGAAACCAUGGUGCUGGUAUUGCAAUCGUGAGUUUGAUGAUGAAAAAAUUUUGGUACAACAUCAAAAGGCUAAACACUUCAAGUGCCACAUAUGUCACAAGAAAUUGUAUACGGGGCCAGGAUUAUCAAUUCACUGUAUGCAGGUUCAUAAAGAAACCGUGGACAAGGUUCCGAAUUCUUUGCCAAAUCGUUCUAAUAUUGAAAUUGAAAUUUUUGGUAUGGAUGGAAUUCCAACAGAAGAUGUGCGAGAGCAUGAACGUCAGAAAAAUGGCGGUAAAUCGGAUUCUGAUGACGACGAACCUGCUGCAAAGAAAAAAGUGGAAAUUCCUUUAACGGCUCCACCUCCCAUGAUGAUGCCACCAAAUAUGAUGCCACCGAUGAUGGGUCAGUUCGCGCCAAUGGGUAUGAUGGCCAAUAUGCCGCCAAUGGCACCAAUGCCUCCAUUUUUGGGUCCGGGUGGUAUACCAAUGAUGCCACCCCAUAUGAUGCCUCCGCGGCCACUAUUCCCUGCAGCUAUGGCUGCUACCACUUCUGCGGCAGCAGUACAUGCCCCCGUUGUUCCACAAAAGCCAACGUUUCCCGCGUACAGCAAUGCUACAAUAAGUGCACCACCAACAACCAACAAUCCAAUUGCCACAGGCAGUGGUACUGCACCACCUGAGACCCCUAAGACAUCAGUUGUACCUGUUGCUGGAAAUUCUGGUAGCAUUACAUCGAAAAUCAUGCAUCCACCUGAGGAUCUAAGUUUGGAAGAGUUGCGGGCGCGCAAACCAAAGUAUCAGAAAUUACACAACAGUGUUGGGAGCAAUCAUCACAAUCAACGCAUAGCGUCAAGUGGUACACACAGUAUCAGUCAUAACACUGUCGUCAGCAGCGGAUCAUCAACAAUACCAACAAGUUCGAGUACGUCGAAUGCUGCAGCUGCCCAAGCUGCAGCUAUAUCAAAGGCCCAGGAAGCUGCUGCAAUGGUAGCGGUUGCACAGGCCCAAGCAGCUCAAGUGCAGGCACAAGUACACGCCCAGGCGCAGGCACAAGCGCAAGCUCAGGUGCAAGCGGCACAAGCGCAUGCACACGCUGCGGCACAGGUACAAGCAGCACAAGUUCAAGCACAGGUGGCACAAGCACAAGCGCAUGCGCAAGCGCAAGUCGCUCAAGCGGUAGCCGCCCAACAGCAGCAACAACAAAAGCAAUUAGAAGACCUUAAUCGGGCUGUGAUAUUGCAGCGUCUACAAGCCACCCGUCCAGGACAUCCGCAAACCGCUGGCGCCACCGUAGGCAUGAUGUCAUUACCAGGACAAAUGCAGCUGAUGCAACCCAUGUUACGUCCCGCCAUGUCUUUGGGACCCCAUGCCCCGCUACUGGGUGGUAAUAUGUUGCGUGCGCCAGGUGGUUUGCCGGGAAUACCAGGUUUGCUACCAGUACAAGCCAUUCAGAUACCACAGGGAAUGCAUAUGCCCGGUAUGGGUGUUAUGUUACCGGCAGGCCAUCCUGUACUGCAAAUGAUGCCACGGUUUCGGUGAUCCGUUGCUCAAUAUGCACCGUCAUCAAUUUGUUUGGCAGCGCCGUUAUUAGGAUCGCGGUUGCCGUUAUUGUAUCCACUAGAAGAGUAACAGUGGAAAAAAGCAAUAAUGCAUUUAGCAUCGUCUAAAAUAAAUUACAACUUUAAAUAAAAAAAGAAUUAACGAACACCAAAUGCCGUACAGCAAACAUUACAUUAUUUGGUAAACCAAUGUAGUGCAUAUUAUAACAGGAGUCGAUAUAAAGCAAACUUAUUGCAUAUUGAAUUUAUGAGCACAUUAUCACCCAGUAGCAUUUGCAAUAAAAUUAUACAAUUCACGGAGAUCGGAGAAGUAGAAUGCGACACUUACUAUAAAAACAGCAAUACUUUGAACAACAAUAACAUCGACAAGAAGUGCAACAACAAGCAAGUUCAAAUUUCUUUAAUCUAUUCUUCAUAUUUACUAGUAAACUCACUUUUAAACAAUCACUAUUCGAUAGUAUUUAUCACAUAAAGAGUGUACUUUUAAGCAACGUUGUUGUUCUAGAAAACAACUUUGUACUUUUAUCAGUUCUUCUAUUUCGUCCUAUUUUAACCAAAAUCGUAUACUCACAUCAAUUAAACUUGUCAAUACAUAAGAACCUAAUUGAAAGGAAGUUGGGUGAAAAUGGGUACCUUUUGAAACUGGCAGGGUAAACUAAAAUACGAUGAAAUGCGCUUUGUGUUAAUAAGGGCGAUUAAUUAUUGAAUGAUGCAAUUCAAUAAUUUGAUGCUUGAAAUUGUUAAUUUUCGUUUGUUAUUCAGUGAAUUCAUUUAAAUUUAACUUAUUUAACUUUUUUCAAACGCUAUUUAUAUAUACUUACUCAUUUACCCAAAUUAUUUGUUUAUUUUUUAGUUAUCUGCGAUUUUUCAAUUUAAAGUAAGAUAAGUUAUGUUAAAGAAAAUCAUUUUGAACUAAUCAAUCAAACACACGCAAUAAAUUUAAAAGAAAACGUAAGUUUUUUUGCUACAGAUGUACAAUGUAAGUGAAUUAUUGUUGAGUUUGACUGUGUCUUAUAGCAACAUAUGAACGUAUACACUGAUUUGUAUUUAUUAUAUGCUAAAUUGUUUAUUUUUUGAACAUGAUAUUAGCCAAAAACAUAAAUUCAUGUUUAUAUAUCACUUCCUACUAUACUACUACGUAUAGUACGUAACAUUUACAUUUAUUAUGUAUAUAAACUCUACACACUAAUUACUCAGCUUUUGUGUUUUGCACUACUUAUACUUAUAUUACAGUGGAACUUCUCUAACUCGAAUCACUAUAAUCCACAAAAAAACUUCGAGUUAUGGAAUUUUUCAUUAAAAAAUACAAUUUUUUAAAAAGUUUUAAAAUAUAGAUUUAUACAGAGUUUUAUUUAUUUACUACGCAUACAGUUUUGUGUACAUACGUUAAAACAUGUAUUCUGUAAUAAUGUUGGUUGCACUUUGCUAUUGUUUGGCUCUUGACGUCUGUAUCCCAUUCCUUUGUUACAUGAUUUAUGAAAUCCAUAAGUGUUAUAUCAUAUUUUUUGUGGGCCUACAAACGAAUAUAGAGGAACUCUUUGAAAAUUCUGCGUUAAUAGUAAAAUUGUAUUUUUUGUAUUAUGCCCUGGCCGAAAAGUUCGAUUUAUGGAAAGAAAUUUCUAUGAAAUUUGACUUUUAUUGUGAAUUUAAGGUUCGAGUUAUGGGAAACUUCGAGUUAAAGAAGUUUGUGUUAUGGAGGUAAAUUUGUAUGAAAUUUGAUUUCUAAACACUAUUGCGAAUUCAAAAGUUCGAGUUAUGGAGAUCUUCGAGUUGUGGAAGUUCCACUGUAUUUCCAAUUGUCAUAACUAAAGGGUAUAUGUAUGUUUAUCGUAUCGUAGUUUAGCUCUUCGAUUGAUAUAUACUUCUUUUGUAUGCGAAUUUCAUUUCCCAUGACUUUCAUCUCGAAUAAUUUUAGGAAUAUUACUAGAUGGAAUGAAUAUAAUUGUUAUAAAUAACCAAUACUUCUUUUGGAAGUUCCCCUCUUAUUUCAGGUUUUUAUAAAAAUAGUAAUUUUUUAUGAUUAUUUCCAUUUUUUCCUCAUUAUUAAAAAUGCAGUUGCAUCGUUAUUUAUUAAAUACGGCAUACAUUUAAUUUGUAAAAUUUACUAACCUAAAAUCCUUCAAUUCAUGAACUUAUACACUAUAUCUUUACUAAAUAUAAUUUUUAAAUUGGUGAAAUAUGAAAUACGCUUAAUCGUAGUAAAAGCACACAUAUUUUCGUUUAAGUAACUAAGUAAAAAGUAGUGCGCUUGCAAUUUGUAAGUCAUGUUUGUUUGAAAAAUCUCACUUUGAAAGUAUAUGGUAUUGCAUUCAUUUUGUUUCUUAUUUUAUCUUUCUUUAUUUUUGUAACCAUCAAUUCUGUUUUAAUUUCUUAAGAACAUAUUCAUUUUUUAACAGGUUCACAGGUCGAUCGAAGUCGUCGUUGGUCGAUUGAAAUCUGCGUGAUAUAUUUAAUUGUUUUCAGUAGCCAACUGAUUAACCUCCAUAUAUCGACAAAUAAUCAAAUUAUUAAUUGAAAAUUAAAAAAACACAGACACACAAAACAAAGAACCUAGCCGUAGCACGCAAACGCUGAGUAAGCAAUCAUUUUACAUUUCUUUACUAUACCAUUCAUUUUUCGUAACAUUUGUUUAAUAUCUAUUAUAGAGCAAAGCACGUAAAACUUAGUGUGUUUAUACUUAUAAGGUAUAUCUAUUUCUAGAAAGCACAUAAGAUCUAAUAAUUAAAAUCAUACCGCAAAAAUAUAUAUGUACAUCUUAAUUGAACCGUUUUUACAGUAUAGUUAUCGUUGUUUUCUGUGAUGGUCGGUGUCUGCUGACAAUUUUUCUGUUUGCCGUUCGCCGAAAAUUCACAUAUAUUGAAUAAAAAUGUACAUAUAUAACAUAUAUGUAAAAUACAUUAUAUGUUUAAUAUAGUGGGAGCAUUGGUAAACAAAUAAGUGAAAAAUAUGUUUGGCUUUGUUGCUUGUCUCAUAACAUAAUCAAAUGUUACGCAAUAAACACGGUAAUUGUCAAUUUAAAAUAGAUACCAAAUACGUAAAUUGAUUUAAAUUGUGUUAAUACGUUGAACGUACUCAAAUUUAUUAAGUAUCCUGAUUUUAACUUAUAUAUGAAGAUGACAAAAAUCGGUUCUUCAUUUGAUUGAUUACAUGAAAAUCUCCAAAGUAAGUUUUUCCUUCUGUAUGCUUAUACGAGUAUAAUUCAAUAUUUUAUAAGUAUCCAAAUAAUAUAUUUCCUAUAUUUCGUUUUUACCAAAAGAUCAAUAAGUUCACUUAUAACUUUUUUUAAAUGUGUAAAGAUGCUAAUGAUUAGCGUACAGUCAUGACGCCGAAAAACCGGAUAAGCAGGUAUUAAAAUAUAUCUUUAUUUAUGUGUUUGUUGUUAUAAUACCAAAAAUGGUUUUGAAUUUAAUUUGGUCGACAGGAAAUGGCCUGGUUGUUUUGGUUAUGUAAACCCAUCCACAUUGGAAACUUUAGUUUUAAUUGUUUACGGCACGGCUAACGGCUUUGUGAUUAUGGUGUUCUAAAUUACGUAUGUCUGUAUACUCAUUAACUUCCAUAUUAAUUUGCCAUUUGUAGGGUUCUUCUCUUACUUAGAAUUAGGAUGGAAAAUAAAAAAGAAUCAUAGUUUGUAUAGAAAUAUUGAAUGCAAUCUUAAGUGCUCCUGUACUUUACAUUCUGCUUUCAUCAGUGCACCAAAUGGAAUUAAUAAUAACUGCUCUAAAAUUUUGCAUAAUAUUACAGUAAAAUACUAAUUGGUUAGUUAGUAAGCUCGUAUACCUAUAUUUUUUUGUUCAAACAAAAUUUUUUUGAUUCUGAAAGCUGAUAAUAAUUUUAUUAAUAUUCAGUUCGAGGCUGCAGUGAGUGUGUGUGAAGUUAAGCAUUUUCUCGCAUAUUACAUACUUGUUACUCAAAGUUUAAUUAUAAAACAAAUUAAUAUAUAAUUUUGAUUGAGACUAUUCGUUUUGUUAUUUCAUUCUUGAAAUUUAAAAUAUUACAUAUUUCUAACGUCUAGGGAAUUCAAUGUAUGAAAGCUCUUAAGAUAUUCUGGGUUUUUUAAAUAUAACUUCACUCCGCUUUUUAAAUAUGCUCGAUUUAUAUAACUAAGAAAUUAAUGGGUAACGCGCUUUCAAUUUAAUUACUUAAUAUUCUUGUAUUGUCUUUAAAUACGUGUAUGUAUAUACAUAUGUAGUUUCAGCAGAUUUUAUACACAUCCUUCUUAAAAUUUGAAAAUGCUUUUAAGGUGAGAAGUCUGAAACAUUAAAUUAUAACUGAAAGGUAUAUUCCUGAAAUUUCAUAAAAAGGUUUUGUAAUCACACAUAGACACAUAGAAUCGUACAAAUUUAAAACACUUGUAUGUACAUAUAAACAUCUCCAUCAAAAUUUUAAUACACAUUGUACUAUAUUGUAUAUCAUUAGAGUGUACCAUAUAAAUAAUUAUGAGUAAAGUAUUUAUCCGUAUUUACUCGUACAUAUUGUGUAUUUGAAUGAAUAAUAUACAUAUAAUAUUAUUGCAUAUCGAGUGACAAGUGAUUGCGUCGCAAUAAGUUAUCUGAUUUAUAUUCCACAAAAUAUUUAUUUAGUUGCGACCGCGCAAAACUGGUGUUGGACUCCUGGUUCGCAGUGGCUCAUCAGGGGCAAACAAAUGCCGCUGGUAUGUAGUUCUGCGAGACUUGGGUACCUCAAUGCAAAGCGGAUAGAAUCGAGAACAUUUUAAAUUCAAAAAUAUAUAUGUGUUUCAAAGAAGGCUAGCCAUUGUUGAAAUAAAGUAAGAAUUCUUGGUGAAGGAAAACUCGAAAUUUUGGAAACGGUUAAUAUUUAAUGUAUUUUAAUAAUAAUAAUAAUAUAAAAAUAACUCAUUGCUUAACAUUGUAGACAUUAUUUUCGUUGUCCUUUUCAAAAUUUCAUAUAAAGUAUAUAAAGGCAAAUGUCCUUAUUAGAAAGACAAUCCGCUUGCGCUGGGCGACACAUGAGUAGUUGGUUGCGCUUGCUCUCUAUUACAAAACACCACCCCUCCGCACUCCUAACAUGUACUCCUAUAAUUAUAUUAGUUUACAAACAUUUUAAGGUAAUAUUUUAUGAAUUGUUUCCGUGUGUAAUGAUUUUGCCUGCUAUGUUAUUGGCGUAGUUGAGCGAGAUUAGCUUUACGCCUUUGAUUAGGAAGUAAAAUAAUGGGUAUAUAGUUGAUAUGUUACUCUAUACUCGUAUAAUACUAAAUACUGUUCAGUGAAAGAAAUUGAGUAUAACUUUUAACUUGAAAUAUAAUCAAACAAAUUUAUUUAAAACUAAAGUCAUUUAUGCAGCGAUUUAAAAUGUAUAAUUGGUAAUUUCCUUCGCUGAACAAAUUACCUAAAUUUCCUAUACGACUUUUCAAUAUUUUGUUAGUAAAUUAGCGCCCAUUGACAUUUUCAAUUCAUAUUAUUAGUAAUAAAUAUUUAACCCUCAUUUUAAAUAGAAUUAUGCGUGUACUUUUUAUUAAACCCUUUUAUAUUGCAUUUAUUCCAUAAUUAAUAUAUGUAUGUUCGUACCUCUACCUCUAUUCUUCAUGAUACCUAUGAAUAAUAUUGAUUAUGUGAGAGCGAGCGUUCAAUCGAAAACGUGUCACAUCAAUUUUGCUGAUUGAAAAGUUCCUUGCAAAGGGUGCGUACGCAUGCAAUGCAAUGCUGUUAUUGUACAUUUUUUAAAAUUGCAUAAUAUUCGAAAUGCAAAUAGUUAUAGUAAGAGUAAUUAUUUGCAAAAACGCUUAUA